CAAUGAUGAUGGAAGCCAACUCAAUAAACAUAGUGAUAAUAUCGAAUGAUAGUCAAUUUUUCGGAAUUUCUUGAAAAAUUCCCAUUUUGAGGAAUCAUUCACAAGUUUCGAGUGACCAAGUUGAGUUAUUGAUUGAUUUACGAGCGAAUUGGAUCAUGGGAAAAGUUCUUUAUCUUAUGGUUUCGGGAAUGCUGGCAGCUUCAUUAGCCAUAUGCAUGUGGGUUUUCUCAGGUCCAGGAAACCAGGAAUGGAACAAUGAGGGAUUAGUGGAUGUCCCUAGGUUGAAUUUCUUACCCCUGCCCGAUGACAAAAAAAGUACCCUUAUUCGGUUGCAAAUGUCUAACAAAACGAAUCAUGUGAAAUGGACGGACAAUCUUAUGUCUUUUCUAGACAAGUAUUAUGUUCCUAGCAUGAAAGAAAAGGGAGGCAGAAACAUAUACGCUUGUUCAUACGAUACCUUACCACCAGAAGGCAGAUUUUGUGAUGUCGACAUAAGGGCAUGGGGACCUUGCAUCCGUGAGAAUUAUUUUGGCUAUAACAGAGGCUCACCCUGUGUAUUCCUGAAAAUGAAUAUGAUGAACGGAUGGGUGCCAGAGUAUUACAAUGACCCCAAUGAUCUUCCUGAACACAUGCCAGAACAGCUCAAGAACCAUAUAAGAUUCAAUCUCACCAGAUCAGAGAGAGACAGUAUCUGGAUAUCCUGUCAGGGCGAAAAUCCAGCAGAUACAGAAUUUUUGGGACCUGUUCAAUAUUAUCCUUCAAUCCAAGGAUUUCCAGGAUACUAUUUUCCGUACAAGAAAAUCGAGGGCUACUUGAGUCCUCUUGUUGCUGUUCAAUUCAGGACACCAACCACCGGUUUAGUUAUAAAUAUCGAAUGUAAAGCGUGGGCCAAAAACAUCAAGCACAAUAGAGACGACGGGAGUGGAAUGGUUCAAUUCCAAUUGCUCGUGGCUUGAGAAAAAGAGAUCAUGAAUAUAACAAUACAGAUCUUUCAAUUCGAUAUCUUCAUUUUGUCUGGUGGUUUCAUGGAAUGCGAUGAUAGUUGGUUAUGCUCAGGAGAGAAAGACCCACUCGGAAUAUGACACCAUUAAAGUUUUCUGAAGUUAUGAUCCAGCAAACUCUGAAAUCCAGCCACUCUACAAAACAGUACAGCGAUGGAACUGUAGAACAAAGAUUAUAGAGUUAAUUAGUUAACUCUAUAAUCUUUGCUGUACAGCAAUGCUGCACUUUUAAUGCAGCAGUGAUAGGUAGUGCAGUAACUUGCAGUGCAGUGCAGUAACAUAUUCUUCUGUUUGUAUAGUGAAUAGUCCAAUAAAAAUUGAUUUAAUAAAACAAAUAUUUUAUUCUUUCAAUAUAAUAUGUAUAUAGAAUAAUUUAUAUGAGGUAAUAAACUAUAAAUAGAUAAGGUGU